AUGAACCAAGAACUCCAAUCCUUCCACCAUUACUACUUCUUGGUCGUGAUCUUGCUGCUACCUCUCCUCGCCGUCAAGCUCCGGCGGCGCAACCACGGCACGAACCUGCCUCCAGGGCCAUGGCGGCUACCGGUGAUCGGCAGCCUGCACCACCUCGUGGGCGCUCUCCCGCACCGCGCCAUGCGUGACCUGGCCCGGCGGCACGGCCCGCUCAUGCUGCUCCACCUUGGCGAGCUCCCGGUCGUGGUGGCGUCGGCACCCGACGCGGCGCGAGAGGUCAUGAGGACCCACGACGCCGCGUUCGCGACGCGGCCCCGGACCGCCACCCUCCGGGAGCUCACGCGGGACGGGCUCGGCGUCGCGUUCGCCCCGCACGGCGAGCACUGGCGCCAGCUCCGCAAGCUCUGCGUCACCGAGCUGCUCAGCGCGCGGCGCGUGCGGUCCCUCCGCCGCGGGCGCGAGGCCGAGGCCGCCAACCUCGUCGCGUCCGUCGCAUCGCUGUCGUCGGCGUCGGCGCCGGCGCCGCCCAAGCCCGUGAACGUCAGCGCCCUUCUCGCCACGUACGUCACUGACGCGAUCGUUCGUGUCGUGGUGGUCGACAGAAUCAGCGACCGGGACGCGUUCAUGGAGAAGAUCGACGAGGGCGUGAAGGUGGCCGCGGGGUUCAGCCUCGCCGACGUGUUCCCGUCGUCACGGCUCGCGCGCGCGUUCAGCGGGGCGGCGCGCCGCGCGCAGGCGCACCACCGCGAGAUGACCCGGCUCCUGGACAGCGUCAUCGAGGAGCACAGGCAGAGGAGGGCGGCCGGCGCCGGCAACGAGGAGGAAGACCUCCUCGACGUGCUGCUCAGGAUCCAGAAGGACGGCGGCCUGCAGGUUCCCCUCGACAUGGGCACCAUUCGCGCCGUGAUCAUCGAUCUUUUCGGUGCCGGGAGCGAGACGACGGCGACGACGCUGCAGUGGGCGAUGGCGGAGCUGAUGCGGCACCCGGCGGCGCUGCGCAAGGCGCAGGCUGAGGUGCGCCGCGUGCUCGCCGGGGCGAGCCGCGUGACGGAGGACGCGCUGCCGGAGCUGCGCUACCUGCAGCUCGUCUUGAAGGAGACGCUGCGGCUGCACGCCGCGGUGCCGCUGCUCCUCCCGCGCGAGUGCCAGGAGGAGACGCGCUACGCCCUCGGCUACGACGUGCCCAGGGGCGCGAUGGUGCUGGUCAACGCGUGGGCGAUCGGCCGGGACGCCGCGAUCUGGGGCCCCGACGCCGAGGAGUUCCGGCCGGAGAGGUUCGAGGACGGCGGCGCCCGGGCGGAGGCGGACUUCAGGGGCACGGACUUCGAGUUCGUGCCGUUCGGCGCGGGCAGGAGGAUCUGCCCCGGCAUAGGGCUUGGCCUCGCCGUGAUGGAGCUCGGGCUCGCCAGCCUCCUCUUCCACUUCGACUGGGAGCUCCCCGGAGGCGCUGCGCCGGAGGAGCUCCACAUGGCCGAGGGGCUCGGGAUCACGGCGAGGAGGAAGACCGACCUGUGGAUGCAGGCCACCGUCCGCGUACCAGCACCUAAUAUCUGCAUUGGAAGUGCUAUGAAAUUAGAUUGCACAUCUCAAAAGGACAAGAUCUCCAAGCUUGCCGGUGAGCCUGUUGUUUCUGACAUCAACGAGGACAAGAUUCGGCAAUGCCGCGAGGGCAUCCGGGAUCUCCCCGGUGAGACGGUUGCCGGCUAG